GGUUGGCCUGCUUUUCGUCAUCACCAACACCGCUCGCAUCUAAAUUGUUCUGCUGCCUUGUGAAUAACAAUCAACUCCUGCUCUAUUGAGAGCUUUGUUUUGUUUCUUUAAUUGGCCUUUUGAUAUGAGAUGAUACCCCCAUGAUCAUGAUUACGAUAUAUAUGCGACAUGGCUGCGACAAUACUGGGCGAGGGGGCGGCCCUCACUAAACCCCCGCUCGAAGCUGGUCCUUUCGUCCUUCGAAACCUUCUCCAUGAUGUGCCAUUGUCGGCCGACGGUGAUGACGAGCGUAUCAGAAUAAAUUGCGUCGACUACUGGGAAAGCAACCUGUACAUAGGCACCUCUGCUUCGGAGCUGCUCCAUUUCGUCCAGAUACCUCCAGAUCCCGCAGACAAGAACAGUACCUCUACCUUCAUCCUUGCAUCACGACUGCAGCCGUUCUUCCCCGAGUCAGCAUCUACUGGUGUCCAACCCGGAGUGCAACAAAUCCUGCUUCUGCCCAGGGUUGGAAAGGCCUGCAUACUUUGUAACUCAACUGUUACCUUCUACUCUCUUCCUGAGCUGAGUCCAGUAUUCAACGAGAUCAGCGUCAAGGGCUGUAACUGGAUCGGUGGCGUUGACCUCAACCACGAGGCUGCCGCAGCAGGAAAUACUGGCGGUGCCGUCUCGGUACUCCUAUCUCUCAACAGACGCAUACAGGUUGUCAAUGUUGGCGAAGACAAUGUACGCGGGAGCAGGAAGAUCGAUUUUGCGGGAAGCACCCUGUCAAUUCGCAGAGACAGCAUUGCCUGUGUGGCCGACUCGAGGACGUAUGCGCUUGUGGACGUCGAUAGACAGCUCAAGAUCCCGUUGAUGAGCAUAUCGUCCCUCGAUACUUCGCAAAGCCCCAGCGAGAUCGGACACGUACAGAGCAUCGCCGCGGUUCCAGAGAGUAACAAUGGUAGCGGCCUAACUAGAAGCGCAUCGUCCGCGACUGCUCGGACCAGCCAUCUUUCGACUGAUAAAGCCGCGGGUCACAACAGAAGUACCAGUCUCGGGACUUUCGGCACUGGUGGUUCGGAAGGGCAAGGUUCGGCCGCUGGAGGCGAUGCGGAGUCGAAUGUUUCGAGGAGUCCCGGGGGACCAAGUCCAUCCCGAAGCCCGGCACCAGACGCUGACGCGUUAUCAAGGCCCCCACCGCCGCCACCAGAAACAGACAAGCCCUUACCUCCUAUACGGCCCACAGUUCCUGAGCCAGCACCCGUUCUACUCAGGCCACUGAUUGUAUCACCGACUCCCGAGGAAUUUCUUUUGGUCACAGGCACAGGCCCAUCGGAGCCAGGGAUUGGCAUGUUUGUGAACCUUGAUGGUGAUCCGACGCGGCCUACACUCGAGUUUGAAAGGUAUCCGAGCCAGAUAGUGGUGGACGGAGGAUUCCAAGAUUUAUCAACCUCAACACCUCCAUUAGGUUUGGAAGAAGAAGGAUAUGUGCUGGCAUCUCUAAUCAAAGCGUCUCCAAAAGGAGGCUACAAACGCGGCCUGGAGAUUCAGCGAUGGGAUGUUAACAUUGGCGAAAAUGAGCCUGAAAAAUAUUGGCUCGGCGUGGAUGAAAUCCCUGCAGAGAAUGAGCAGCCAGAGGAUGCACCUCCCCUGACUCCUGAGCCCCUAGGAAUUCGCAGUCUCCUGGGUAGCGAGGAGUCCAUUUUGAAUGAGGUUGUAGACCGCCUGUGUCAAAGGCGCUUUUUACCAUUUUCAUUCGCUGGCAACGCACUCAACGCAUCGACCAUGUCAUUAAGAAGUCUAGACGCGCGAACGGCUUCAUCAAUGGAGCGCGUUUCGAAAGAGCGCGAUCUCUUCGAGCGUGAUCUUGACUCACCGGACGAAGAUCCGUUACCAGAAGGCUGGGAGGCUGCACGAAACGCUGAGGAGGAAAGCUCAGUAGUUCGUUUAGCCAAAGUUGUCGGGAGAUUGGCGGUAUGGGAGGACAACCGUAUCUGGUGGGCGCUGAGAAACCCUCUCUUACUGCAGCUCGAGGCGGGAAUUGAGGCAAAUCCACUCGACUGCGACAAAAGUAAUGUCGCCUCGACGAAUGCAGCCAAGGAUCGUCGGCAGCUAUUCGCAAUCCUGAACUCUUUCCGCGGUAGAGAUGCCAGAACGGAGCUGGAGUUCCUCACGUUCAGCUACAUUAGGCAACGAGCGGGCAUUCUCCUAUUCAGUAGCUUCCUUGACUUGCCGUCCGAAGCACCCUUCUCCGAGCCAGAACUCAGGGCGCUUGAAGAGGUAUUGCUCGAUUCUGGCUUGGAUCCAAGAGUUGUCCUGUCUCUGGUACCUGGCCUGCGGCACGAGAUCAUCCAGGGCCGUACCGGCAUAUGGGUAUUUGGCGGUGUCAAAAGCACUGUCGAAAGGUACCUCGCCGGAAAUCCUUUUAACAAGGCCGGGCAAGAGACCGUUGCCAACUUGGACCCCCGCAUUCUUCAAUUUCUUCGACGCUUCCUCAUGGCUUGUCGCAAACGAAAAGGAUUCGGUAGCGUCCGGGACGAGCAAGAGGUCUCACGGACGGUCGAUGCCUCCUUGUUGGCCGUGCUUCUAGAACUUGACAAGGAAUCUCCACCCGGCUUACCGCGAGGUGGACCGUCGUCGUCUACGCGAGCCGAGAUCAAUGAGCUGGUAGAUCGUGGUGUGGACUGCUUCGAGCGUGCCGUCGAUUUGUUGGAAUCUUAUAAUCGCCUCUAUGUUUUGAGCAGACUAUAUCAGAGUCGCAAAAUGGCUGGUGAAGUGCUGGCCACAUGGCGACGCAUAGUCGAGGGCGAACAAGACGAUGGCGGCGAAUUUCAGAACGGUGAGCAGCGCGUCAGGGACUACCUGUCUAAAGUCAGCAACCAAGGCCUUGUCAGAGAGUAUGGCGUGUGGCUGGCCUCGCGCAAUCCAAAGCUAGGGGUUCAGGUCUUUUCCGACGACCAUGGUAGAGCGCCCAAAUUUUAUCCCGCUGAUGUUGUAUCUCUGCUUCGUGAGGAGGCUCCUGACGCUGUCAAAUACUAUCUGGAGCACCUGGUAUUCGACAAGGGUCACACCACGUACGUCAGUGAGCUGGUGAAUUACUACUUGGAUGUGGUGAUGACAGAUCUUGAAACCUCAUCAGAGGCCAGAGACAAUGUUGCAGCGAUAUACCAAGCUUACCGGGCGUUACAGCCUCCAAAGCCAACGUUCCGCCGGUUUCUGACUGACAAUGCGCCGCCGGGGGAUGAGGCUUGGCAUUCACGACUCCGUUUACUACAAUUGCUCGAGGGUCCGCAUGAAUAUGAUGCCCGAGCAAUACGAGCGCGCAUAUCUCGUGGGCAGAAGAAACCACAGCAGCAAGCCCAGGAAUCAAGUGAAACGCAAGAGACUUCCGAUACAGAAGGAGAUGUCUUACUUGUACCAGAGACUAUCAUUCUGGAUGGCCGAGAAGGUCGUCACGAGAGUGCGCUGCGGUUGCUUAUUCACAAGCUCGGAGACUACGAUUCUGCUGUGCUCUACUGCCUCCGUCAGAGACCCUUACCCGGCUCCAUCCGGCCAGCACUCAAGCACAAGACGGACGGCUCAGCAGAGGACAAAAAGAAGCAAAGGUUAGAGGCAGAGAGUGUUGCGCAGGCUGCAGCAGUCGCCACCACGCGCGCCCUAUUCCGCACGGUUUUGGGGGAGUUUCUGGCUCUUGAGGACGUCGGCGACCGGCUUGAGCAGACUGGGGCGUUGCUCGAACGAUUUGGGGCAUGGUUCGACGUACUGGAGGUCCUUGAGCUUAUUCCCAACAGUUGGGUGAUCGACGCCGCAUUAUCGGAAUUUCUCGUCAGCGCGCUGAGAAGACUGGUUCGCGAACGCCAUGAGGGAAUGGUAGCCAGGGCCCUGAGCUCUGCUGAAAACCUGAGGGUCAGGGCGGAGAUGGUAGCAAAGAUGGAUGAAAAAGGGCCGGUUGUUGAUGCCGGAGGCGGUCAGGAUGAGGUCGAGAUGACCUGA